AAUAUAGAUCCGAAUUACGAUUACUGACAGCUCUUCAAACUCCGCGUAUUAUGGCUCCGAUUCAUUGUUUUGAAGUCAAGGCUUUUAAGCAAGGUGAAAACGAAUACAACCACGACGAGGUUGUCGCGACUUGGGGCCACCGUGUUAAGCCCAACCGGCUCAAACUCCGUUUUCUGUAGCAUGAAGCGGCUAGGAAUAUUGCUACUCCCCCCAGAUGGGAUGCAAAUCCAUCGCUGGAAAGGUUUGAAAUGGGGUAUCGACUUUUAGCUCAAGUCUAGAAUAAGGUAUGGAAAAUCACUGAUUUUGGUCUAAAGUAGGGUACGUACAGAUUCCAAGGUUCUUGCCGCACAGCCCAACCAAAAGCAUUCGGGAGCCCCAACCCCUUGUAGUUAUGUAGCUGAACGUGCGUCAUACUAUAAUUAUCAUGAUAAUUAAAAUGUAAUAUAACGAUAUGAUAAUUUCCUCUUUGUGCAGUGUCAUGAUAGAUUCCGCUCAUAACAGGCAAGCUAUAAUUUCGCUACAAUUUGUUGACAGAACACUAUGAUUGUUCCUCUGUGCCUCUUCCUGCUGCAUUCCGCUGCGCUGCAAGCCUCAGCUGACCUCGCUAUAGAGCAUUCCUUUUUCGCUGCUCUGGAUGAAGAUCAAAAUGUGAAGCUGUAUUGGAAUGUUAGCACUGAAAGCAAAGAAAUUAACUUCACUGUGGAAGCCAAAACGACUGGAUGGAUCGGGUUUGGAAUCUCCAGCGGGCAAGGCAAGAUGAAAGGAGCUGAUAUUGUGAUCGGCUGGGUGAAAGAUGGAAAAGCUUACUUCAAGGAUCGACAUGCCGAUGGUUACGUGAUGCCAGCGGUUGAUUCCCAGCAAAACUAUCAGUUGAUUUCCCUGACGGAGAAGAGCGGGAAAACCACAAUGAAGUUUUCAAGAAAGUUUGACACUUGCGAUUCAGAAGACAACAAAAUUGAGGCAGGAACGACCAAAGUUAUUUAUGCUUAUCAUCCAGACGAUCCUUCCUCAGAAAAUAGCAUUCCAGGCCACAAUCUCAAAAACAUGGGAUCGAGAAGUCUCUUACUACUGAACAGUCUUGAAAAAAUACCAACCUUGCCAUCUGACACUAAAACAUUCGACAUACUGCACGACAAGGUAAGAAUGGUAAAAUAAUUCGUGUUAUCGUGC